CACUUCCGGCCCCACCCGCCGCACUGGAGGCGCGUGCGUGAGGGGGCGCGAGCCGGAGCGAGCGCGGCUCCGAACCGCCGCUUGGAGAGUCCCUGGCUCCCCCGGGGCUCACGUCGCCCAGAGAGAGGCCGCGGCUGGCGCGGGAGCUGGAGCAGGAUAGCCGUCGCUCAUCAAUAGGGGAAUGUGUUCCAAUUUAUGUUGGUCCUUGUUAUGUUUGCAUGGAUCAGGACUGACGUGAAUUGGAACACAUUCCCCUAUUGUACAGUACAGUACUUGCAUCCGCCAGCGACGUUCAAGGCUUAUUACCUACGGAGGACAUUCUCCAUUCUGAUUAAGGAGCCAGCAGGUGAAGGAAAGCCCAGUUUAAAGGAGUUUUGGAAGUCCUACAACAUCUUGAACGGUGUGGAAAACAUUGAUGCGUCGUGGGAAGAGGUCACUUUGCAAAGUAUGAACGGCGUUUGGUGCCAUGCAUGGCCAGAUGCUGCCCACAGCUUCGUGGGAUUUGAUGCUGUUCCUGGUCUCGAGCAAGCAAUUGUCAAGUUGGCAAAGUAUGUCAGCUUUAAGAAGGUGGAGGAGGAGGAUGUACAGGAGUUGCUGGAGUCUCAGGCUGAGCAACUGACAAAUGAACUGAUUGAGCUGGACCAACAAUGGGUAUCUGAAGAAAGCAAGGAUGAUGACGAUAAUGACGAUGAUGUAGGGCAGGAAGCCAGGAGUCUGAUGACAAAGAAUCUCUCCCAUUUCUCUGGACUGCUAGAUGAGAUGACGGAAAUCAUACAGAGCAGUGAUCCUUCUUGUGAAUAGCCUGACAAAGUCUCCAGGGUUUUCAAUGAUGCAGUGGCUUGCUACAGGGAGAUCUAUCGUUCAAGGAUUCAUGCAGGAGAGCAGCUGUUGAUAAAAUCCUUUUUUAAGACUUCUGCAACCAAAAAGCAACCCAAGAAAAUCCAGCCUUCACCUCUUCCUAAGUUUAGCGUAAUCAACACUGUUUUAUACUGUAUUACUCUACUGUAUUUACUGUAUUAAAAUGUUCUAUGUGUUUGGUGUUAGUAGGGUUCUACAUUAUUUUAUUCAAUGUUUUAUGUGUAAAAUGUGUACUGUAUAACUUUUCAUUGUAAAAAGGUACACUGUUUAGGCGAAAAGAAAAGAGCAUUGUCAAGUUGUGAAUGCAUCCCCCCCUUAUUCCAUUAUUUCUUAUGGGGAAAAAUUCCCCGGUAUACGUCGUUUGGGUAUCCAUAGCCCUUUUCAAGAACGCAACCGCAGUGUAUACAGGGGACCCCCUUUAAUAGUCCACUUGAUUAUGUUGACACCUGGUUGAGGUGCUGGCUAACCUUUUGUCUCUGAGGAACUGGUUUGGGCUGCUUUUUAAAAAAAAAAACUUGAAGCAUGUCUCAGCAAUGUCAUACAGUAAAAUCUUAUAACUUUACAAACAAUGUUGCCACAUUUUAUCAGAACAAUAAUGGUCAGUGAAUUAUGAGUUUUCAAAUGAUACCUCAAGGCAUACUUUGUACAAAAUUUAGCAUGGUUUUGUAUAAGUGGUGAACAUAAGGGUACAGUCUGUCGCAACAGGGUGUUACCACAACACUAAUUUAACCAUACAUUCCUUUAUUAAAUCCAAAGACCAUUAUUAUUAAUACAAUUGCUCUAAACAUGCCUAAAUAAUUAAUUUACUACAUUCAAACAAUAACAAAACAUAAGCAUUUGAUCAAGAUACUUACAAACACACUAAACUCAGGGAUGCUUAGACCCAUAUUGGUCAGCUCCAACUUGGUCAGGUAGGUCUUGGAAAUGAACUCUUAAGGCGUUUAACUUUUUUAAUACCCUUUAACAAACAAUUGAUGUCAUUGCCAAUUAUUGGACCUUAGCUAAGGGUAUAUGAAGCCAUUUUUUAUAUAGCCAAUUAUUUACUGUACCUAGUACCCAAUUAACUGUAUUUAUUUAUUUAUAUUUGUGUUAUUUUAUCCCAAACUUUAAAUAAAACAACACUGAUAUUUUGAAGCAUCA